CACACAGAAGGAAAUAUGGAGCAACAGAACAACGUGACUGAGUUUGUGCUCUUGGGCCUCACUCAGAGCACACAGGGUCAGAAAAUAUUAUUUGCUGUGUUCUUGCUAAUCUACAUGAUGACAAUGGCAGGCAACCUACUCAUUGUCCUGACUGUGGUGCUCAGCCCAGCCUUGGAUGCCCCAAUGUUCUUCUUUCUUGGCUACUUAUCUUUUAUGGAUGCUGUUUAUUCCACUACAGUUACCCCAAAGUUGAUUAAAGACUUACUUUAUAAAAAAAGAACUAUUUCCUUCAAAGCUUGCAUGGCACAGUUAUUUGUAGGUCACUUAUUUGGUGGUGUUGAUGAAAUACUCCUGGUUGUCAUGGCCUAUGACCGCUACGUGGCCAUCUUCAAACCCUUGCAUUAUAUGACUAUCAUGAACAAACAGCGGUGUGCUAUGCUUGUGCUCUUGACCUGGCUUGGAGGUCUUUUGCAUGCUACCCCACAUGUUCUUUUUGUUUACAACCUUCCUUUCUGUGGUCCCAAUGUCAUUGACCACUUUCUGUGUGACAUAUACCCCUUAAUAAAACUUGCCUGCACGGACACCUAUGUUGUGGGCCUCACGGUGCUAGCUGAUGAUGGGGUGAUCUCUGUGGCCAUCUUUACAAUCUUGUUGAUCUCCUAUGGGGUCAUUCUGCAAUCCAUUAAGAACCUGAGUCAUGAAGGGAGACGUAAGACCUUAUCCACCUGUGGCUCCCACAUCGCAGUGGUCAUCCUGUUUUUUGUUCCUUGCAUUUUUAUAUAUGUGAGACCUCCCUGUACAUUACCUAUUGAUAAAUCCUUGACUGUGUUUUACACGGUAAUCACCCCUAUGUUGAAUCCCCUUAUCUAUACCUUGAGAAAUGCAGAGAUGAAAAGUGCCAUGAGGAAGAUCUGGAUAAGGAAACAA